CUCAAAGGCUCACAGUCCUCCACUUCCUGGGGUGUCAGCCACAGAACAAAGCCAGCAGAGACUCCAACAGCACCUCCCUUUCUCCUCAUCCUCCCAGGCAUAGCUGCCUCUGCCCCUGCCUCUGCCUCUGGGUACCAUCCCAGGGAAGCAGAAGAUGAAGUGGAAAGUGUCUGUUCUCUCCUGCAUCCUCCAUGUGCAGUUCCCAGGAGCAGAGGCACAGAGCUUCGGUCUGCUGGAUCCCAAACUUUGCUACCUGCUAGAUGGCAUCCUCUUCAUCUACGGAGUCAUCGUCACGGCCCUGUACCUGAGAGCAAAAUUCAGCAGGACUGCAGAGGGUGCCACCUACCUGCAGGACCCCAACCAGCUCUACAAUGAACUCAAUCUAGGGCAAAGAGAGGAAUAUGAUGUCUUGGACAAGAAGCGGGCUCGGGAUCCCGAGAUGGGAGGCAAACAGCAGAGGAGGAGGAACCCCCAGGAAGGCGUGUACAACGCACUGCAGAAAGACAAGAUGGCAGAAGCCUACAGUGAGAUCGGCACGAAAGGCGAGAGGCGGAGAGGCAAGGGACACGAUGGCCUUUAUCAGGACAGCCACUUCCAAGCAGUUCCGGGACAGAAGAGAGAAGGCUCAGAACUCAGAAGGGCCCUUGGGUUGAGACCCCGCCCUAAAGGUGAAAGCACCCAGCAGAGUAGCCAAUCCUAUGCCAGCGUCUUCAGCGUCCCCACUCUGUGGAGUCCGUGGCCACCCAGGAGCAGCUCUCAGCUCUAAGGCCCUGUGCUCAGCUCUGGUGGUGACCCUGGCUGCUGUCACAUGAGUUGUGGUGCAGAUGGGACUUUUGUUUUGAAAAAUCUGAUGUUCCAAUUUCUUUCAUGCAUGCUCUACUCAGAAGUGAGCAAGGGCCAAAACUCCUGGGCAUGCAUCUGAAUGAAUCUCUCAACUUAGAAAAGACUUGCCUGCCCUUUUGAGCUGGCCAGGUUCCCCACCUACCCUUUGGCAUGCCUCCAAGUGCCAGGACGCCACAGACUGCAUUGAGGCCGAAGACUUCCCUUUUCUUUGGUUUUUUUGUUUGUUUUGAGUUUAUACAAUCAUUAAGAAAUCUUUGGUUUUGGCUGGAAAUGGAAAAACAAAACAAAACAAAGAAACCACCCUCCCCUGGCUUAUAGCAGCAGUAUUAUGACCUGACCUGGCUAAGCUUCCCCCACCCCAACUUUGGGAGUGGAAAUUGCAAGUUAAGAACUACAUUCAAAGAAAACGUUGAGAGGGCUGGAGAAGCAGCUUCCAGAAAGCCCGUCGGAUAUAAGAUUGUCAAAUAAUAAUAAUUAUUAUAAUAUAUUAAUAAUAAACUUAAAUAUUUGGAA